AAAAUAAGAAAUUUUAAAUUCGAAUUAGUUUUUUAAAUUCAUUUGUGUAUUGAGACAUUUAAGUCAAUGGGAUUUUUGCUUUAUAAACAACUUUUUUAUAGUUAUAAUUAGCUUCUGAAACUUGAUAUGCCUGCUAAGCAUUUCAUUUAAUAAUCUUUUUAGUCGCACAAAAUCAAAAUGCCUAAAAAGAAGACUGGACAAAGGAAGAAAGCUGAAAAACAGCGCUUACGGCAAAAGGAAAUUCGAACGGCAUUUAACCAAAAACCUUUAGCAGAGCAUUCAUGUAAUGCUGCAAUGGAAUGUGAUAAGUGCAAUAGGAAACAGAAGAAUCGAGCAUUUUGUUAUUUUUGUUCUGCUGUUCAAAGAAUACCCAUGUGUGGGCAAUGUGGUAAAACAAAAUGCAUGUUAAAAACAGGUGACUGUGUUGUAAAGCAUCCUGGAGUGUAUGCUACCGGUUUAGGCAUGGUGGGUGCUAUAUGUGAUUUUUGUGAAGCCUGGGUUUGUCAUGGUCGAAAAUGCCUGACCACGCAUGCAUGUAAUUGCCCACUUCAAGAGGCUCUUUGUAUUGAAUGCCAAAGAGGUGUUUGGGAUCAUGGAGGCCGUGUUUUUAAGUGCUCUUUCUGUGAUUCAUUCCUUUGCGAAGAUGACCAGUUUGAACACCAAGCUAGCUGUCAGUUUUUAGAAUCUGAAACACUAAAAUGUCAGUCAUGUAAUAGGCUUGGGCAGUAUUCAUGUUUACGAUGUAAGACUUGUUAUUGUGAAGACCAUGUGAAAAGAAAAGGCUUUAAGUAUGAAAGAAAUCAACCUAUUCCUUGUCCAAAAUGUAAUUAUGAUACACAGCAAACAAAAGAUCUUAGUAUGUCUAUUCGUAAGCAUGAUUAUGGCCGUCAAGGUACUGGGGGCAGAGAAGAUGGUUAUAGUGAUGAUGAAGGGGCUUGUGGAUAUUCUGGCUAUUCAGGUGGUUAUGGUGAUUAUAAUAAUGAAGCAGAUUAUGACAAUUACUCUAAUGAAUCAGAUGAGGAUGAUGAUGACGACGAUGAAGAAGAGGAGGAUGAAGAUGAAGAGGAGGAGGAGGAGGAAGAAGAAGUGAAAGAUAAAUCAGAGAAAAAAGAAAAUACAUGAAUUCUUGUCAUUUAAUUGUUAAUUUAAAAAUGCAUUUACUUAAAUGCAUAAAUUCAAAUUAAAUAUUUAUUUUUUGCAU